CUUAACAGACAACAAGCAUCAUCGUCCUCCAGAACUCUGGCUUUCAACCAGAGAAAAGUGGGUGGCGGUGGUGGCGGCGGUGUCGAGACGGCGGAUAGGAUGAACGGUGGCGGUGCCGUGUACGAGGAGCGGUCGCUCGAAGCGGCGGCUCAAGCCCCUCUUCAUAUCCCGGCUAAAAGGGCGGCUGCGGCAUCAGCUACUUUACCGGGGACACCUUACCCUCACCCGACAGACUGCUCAGACCCCGCAGCCCCGGGUGUAAUCCGGCAUUCCCACUCGACGCAGCCAUGGAAUUACCAGCCAGACCACGCCGUGGCAACGGCGCCUUUCGAUUCCCAAUACAGCCAAGCGUUCUGCAGAGACGGGGUCACCCCCACGUAUUACAAUAUUGCCGACUCCAGAGUCGCUGCCGACCGCAAGGCUUUAGCUUUUUGGCCCAACAAAUACGAAUAUGCGCCCGGGCCUUCGUCCAUGACGGCAGACUCGUGUCAGGCGUUCGCAGCGCAGACCUGGUGCAACUAUGCGCCAUAUGGGCGAGUGGGACACGUGGACUCUCAUGGACAACCAGUCCCUUAUCUCACCAGCGCUGAUGGAGGCCCCAAGUCUGCCAUGGAGGCUGCUGGAUAUCCACACGAUGGAUAUUUAAGGAAUUAUCCCUCUGCUGAAUCCAUGCCACCUGCACCCUAUCCACCAGUAUACGGCCAACGGCAUCCACUAGCAGUGCCAUAUGGAGGCACGCUGGGCUCUAACCCUCUGGAGAGCUGGACAGGCAACGUCACUGUGCGGAAGAAGCGGAAGCCCUACAGCAAAUUUCAGACCCUGGAGCUGGAAAAAGAAUUCUUGUACAACGCUUACGUCAGUAAACAGAAACGCUGGGAGUUGGCCAGGAAUCUAAACUUGACAGAGCGCCAAGUCAAAAUAUGGUUUCAAAAUCGACGAAUGAAGAACAAGAAAAACAGUCAAAGACAGGCGGCUCAGGAGGCGGCUGGAAAUAACGGCGCAACGACCCCUUCAUCCGGAGGAGGUACACCGGCCCAUGGACCCACUACCCCACAGACUCCAAAUAGUAUCAAAGCUUGACCAAAUGCGGGGGUUGGGAGCUCUGGAGCUGCGGGGACACUCAACCAGGGAGUCGUGGUCCCCUCUGGAGUUUCCGAACCCCCCUUAGAGCAACAAGGAUGGCCCCAGUCAUGGUGUUAGGCUACGUGAUAUUAUAAUGUCAGCAGCCUCCUUCUUAUCUGCUUCUCUGAUUCAUCAAAUCGGUACUUAAAUCACCUAUUGUUUGUUUUGACGCUCAGGUAAUGCUUGUUUUGGUGCGCAUAACAUCAUUUUAGAUUUGGUAUAACUUUUAUCACCAGGCUGAAGAUAAACGGUCGGUUUAUAACUGAAUCUGGUUAUGAAAACUUAAACUGGGAAUGAAAGACUGUAAAAAAUGUUAAUCGAGUUACUGAUUAUUCAUUGAUUCCACAACAUCAUACCAAGCCAGAUUUUUCUCACUAUUUUAGUGUGUAAGUCGUCUUCUGAAGGUGCGCUGAGUAUCCAUAUGGGUGAUCUAGAGCUCGAUUUCGAUUUUAUUUCCUCUUAGUGCUUAUUGCCGUUAAAUAUUCGAAGACUGCUAAUUUUCUUGAACUCUUGACGCUAGCUAAUUAUUCUCACAGAACUGUAUCAUAUUCAAUAUGCAAGAACUGUUUUCACGUUCACCUACAUAUUGGUCAUGUGCGAUGCCGGGUAAUACUUUAAAUUUUGGUAAUCAGGCCCCUGGUGUUUUUAUUGUAGAAAUAUCACUUUGCGAAAAUAUUCUCAAAGAACAGUGAUCCAAAAUUUCAUUAAAAACAUUAGGCAGAGUUAAAAUUUAUUGUGCGCUCUACAUACAUACAUAUAUAUAAGUAGAUACUAUAUGUAUAUGUCAUUGCUGAAGUGGAAGCGAAUUUCAACUGAAAAACAAUGUAGGGUGAAUUGAGGUUAAAUGUUGCCAACGUAUGUUUUGAGUGGUAGGUUCUGUGCACUACGGGUACUAGUCAUAAAGAGUUCAAGUGUGCUAAAUAAACUGUUUUCUUUAUGACAGAGAAAAAUUAUUAUCAUUUAGAUAGGGCAAACACAGUCAUCGCAGCUCAUCCGUUAACUUUCGUUCAUUGAUUUGGUUGCUUAAGAUUUUCGUCUCAGUCAUGAGCUACGAGGUCAUCGAGUCUCAAAAAGGAAGGCUACAAAAAUAUAUAAUAAAGCUUGACAUUUGGAAAUUGACGUGAAAAUGUCGGAAGAUGUAAUAGUUGUGGAGUCAUAUCCAAAACAGGAAACAAUUUCGAAGUUAUGGCUAGGAAUUUCUCUCGUGGAUGGUGUACAUUGUUAAGUGGGAACUAUUUAACGUCAGUCAUUAAGCAAUGUAAAUAUUGUAAUUUUGCUCGAGAUUAAUAAUGGUCGUACCAAGGAAUGAAGAAAAAAACUUUCUUUAAUAGGUAUGCAGUAUUCGGUUAAGGUUUUUUCUUAGCCUGAUUCUAAUACUCAGUCAUUGGAUACCAUGAAAAAUUGUUUUCUCAAUCUUUUAAGUAAUAAAUAAUUUUUACUUACUCCCUUUGCCUUAUUUCAUUGUAUCUAUUCUCAUCUGAGGUUUCUUCCAUUUGUUGGUUAUUGUUAUCAAUGUUGUUGUGUAUCUACGUUUAUUAUUACGCUAUUGUAUUUAAUUUCUCUACUUUUUGUACAUUGUACUUUGCUAAUGUUGUAUAAAGAUUUUUAUAAAUUAAAAAUGGUCUGAGAUUUCUGGCCAAUGCAAGGAAACAAUAAAAAUAUCAGAAUGAAAGUAUCUAACAAAUUUUGGAUAAGUAUUAUUUUAGAUUUUUCACAUCAAGUUUCUAAAAGUUUGCAUUGCUUUCACCAGUGCUUCUUUGUUAACACAUUUACUUUGUGUUAGAUCCUAAUAUUAAAUUAGAACCUUCUUUUGCGUCAUCAAAUUUUGAUUUCAAUAUAACUUCCACCUUAUCAUAGUUUAUCCUUUAAAUAUUAAUCAGCACAAUGUUGGAUAUCUUGGUCAUUUGCUCAAUUGCAUUUUUCUUGAGAGCUUCAAUUUUGAAAAUAUGGUUUCAGUUGAUGGGCAUUAUUCGAAAUAUUAUUGGUCACUAUAGUGGGAGUUAACUAAUUCUAUUUAAAUCAAUCAUAAGGCGAGAGAAUUUACUGGUCACUAAAAAGUUGCAUGGGUACGUUGAAGAAUUUUUUUAUUGAAAUUCAUGCAUAAUUUACGGCAACAUUAUUGUUGCUUUCACUGCACAACGAAAAAUACGAACGUAGAUAAACUAUAGGCAUACAAUUCUUGCUAGCCAAUGUGUAGCAUUCUAACCGAUAACUAAUAUAAACAAUGCGUAAUUUUUAAAUCGAGUAGUCGAAUGGUAGGAUUUGUAUAAUAUUUGUACAGAAUAUCCAGUAGCUGUAAUUUAGCUGUUACAUUUUUAGCCUCUCACAUUCGCUGUACCUAAACUUGCUUAGAGUUGCUCUGUUUUCAUGUUUUAAUGUGAAGAUCAACUAAGAACUCUUGUAAAGUUAUCCCUAGCAACAAUUUUUGUAAUUGACUGCGAUGUUUCUCGUGAAAUAUUUUGUUUAUGUUAUAAUUCAUUAUUGACAUUUUGUUCCACGGUCUUCGUUAACCGUCUGAGUAUUAUAAUUGUCCAACAUUUUGAUCUGGCAUUGAAAAAAUAAAAUAGAUCUACUAAAUUUUUAAAGUAAAACCAGUGUCUGGAAAACCAGAUUCUAGAAAUCAUGAUUCACAGAAGCUCAAUCACAUACGCUGUAAGAGAAAACUUGGAAUAAUUGCCAUAUAUUAAAGACGGAACACGGUCUAGCCCGCGGGUUUGGUCGAAGCGGUGUUUUGAAUAGACCAAGAAAUACCUGAUGAGCCAGAGCCCCUCUAUAAUUUCUGUACAUAUUUUAUCAUAGCGUGAAAUUCGCUACUAAAUUUUCGCGCCUGUCGUACGUACGUCAUUUAUUUUCGUUCCAGACUUGAUUGCUGUUCUCUUGAUGCUCCUCUCGAACGUUGUUCUACGCAAGUGUUUAGAAUAAGAAAUGAGUAAAUGAAGUACAAAACUGG